GUAAACCCACCACCCGAAAACAGAAGCAAGGGCGGGUGCCGGGUAGGGUUUUAGUCGCCGGCGAUGGCCCUCUCCGCCUCCUCUUCCGCCCUGCUCCGCCGCCUCCUCUGCAACUCUACCCCAGCCUCCUCCUCCGUAUUUCGCGCUACCUUUUGCUCGUCCUCCUCAUCCUCCGGCUCCGGCCCGUCGCACACCCCACCUCCUCCGUCCUCCAUAUUCGGCGAUGACGCGGAGGUCGCCAACGUGCCACCACUCACCACCCCCAAGCUAUUCGUCAGCGGCCUUUCAAGACUAACAACAGAUGAGAAGCUCCAGGGCGCGUUUGCUCCUUUUGGGAGGCUCCUUGAUGCAAAAGUCGUGACAGAUAAAGUAUCCGGGAGGUCAAAGGGUUUCGGUUUCGUGAGAUAUGCCACUAUAGAAGAGGCUGAGAAAGCGCGGCAGGAGAUGAACGCCAAGUUUCUGGAUGGAUGGGUCAUCUUCGUCGACCCUGCUAAACCAAGGCAACCAAAGCCUGCUCCUCAGCAGGACACCCGUUCGCACGCUGGCUUCACAACCAACAAGACUGUAGGGUGGUGUGGCUAAUCGCAUCAAACUAUUGUUUUACAGCACUACUUGGAUGGGAAUACUAUCAGAAACACCGGGGAGUAGUUUGAUUUGAUAUUGGCAGUAGAGCUGCACCACAUUUGUGUUCUACGAUCGUCCUCGCUGUUCACUUAGUGCGUGAUGAUCGGUAGCCUUUUGACUAGCUGAUUUGCACUUAAGGAUGCCUAAUUGAUGAUACUAUUUCUAUCGUC